AUGCCAGACUUGGAGGAAAACGUCUACGUAAAUUGUCUGCAACUCCUACCAAUUUUAGAAGACAGGCUUCGAAGCAUCAAAGAGGCAACGAAAGCUGAUAAAGAGCUUCAGAAACUGCUACAGGAAGACAUUCAUGUCGAAGAUGGCAUCUUGCUAAGGGCAAACCGAGUCAUCGUGCCAGGCUCGCUACGGAGUACAUUGAUACGUUUGCUUCAUGCAGCGCACGCUGGAAAAGAGAAGAUGAAGGCGAGAGCUCGAGAGAUACUGUUCUGGCCAGGAAUGAAGGCAGACAUAGAAAAUACAUAUGACUCCUGCGUGCAAUGCCAGGAGUACGGGCCGAGACAUACGAAGAUGCCGACGCUUAGUCACGAUGUUCCUGCAUUGCCUUGGCAACGUGUCGGAAUGUAUCUUUCUACAUACGAUGGACAACAGUAUGUCGUCAUGGUUGAUUACUACUCUUUCUAUUUUGAAGUGCAGAAGCUGAAAAAAACAGCAGCAACCAGCAUUGUGAACUUCUGCAUGAGAACCUUGGCAACACAUGGGCUGCCGAUUACUUUGGUAACUGACAAUGGACCUCCAUUCAGCAGCAAAGAGUUUGAUGACAUUUUGAGACGGAUGCAAGUGCGCCACAUCACCUGA